AUGGAGACCAAUUCACUAUUUGAAUUUACAAACAUAAACUGUACUUCUAUUGACAUCAAUGUGGGAGAAUAUGAGUACUGCUAUUUAAAGUCGAUUAAUCGAACUUACAAAUAUGUUUCCGGGAAAUAUAAGCUGCAUCAAACUUCGAUAUCAAGCGUUAAGCUUACUUUUAUGAUGUGGAAACGACUCAAUGGAUACAAGCCUUUUCUCUUCAACGUUACAGUAGAUGCAUGCAAAUUUCUCAAAAAUCCUAAAUCAAGCCCGGUAAUAAAAUACAUUUAUGAAUCAUUUACUACUUAUUCUAAUAUGAACCACUCAUGUCCGUUCUCGGGCGAUGUAAUUAUAGACAAGCUGCCCGUUGGUUUUUUGAAUCACCGAGCAACUGAAAUUCUUCCCAUCCCUGAAGGCAGUUACCUGAUAGAGUUUCAUUUUUCUAGUCUAAAUUCUAGUUUUGCAAGGACACAAGUCUUUUUUACUAUAUCAUAAUACCUUUCGAUUAUGAAAAUUGCAAUAAUAAAAGUUCAAUUACUUGGGAGUUUAGCAGAGCAUUCAGCUUAAAUUGUUAACACUAUUAUCAAUAGCAGUAAAAGUAAAUCCCUUUGGUUACUUUUCAAUUAACAAGGUUUUUAUGGACUUGCAUUAACCCUCAAUAAAGUUAAACACAAAAUUGCCCCAAACAAAAGGG